UUUUCGCAGCAAAAUGUUAAAAAAAACAUUGUGUAUUUGUAUAAUAAUUGGAUCCUUCCUGGGUGAAGCCAACUCGCUCAGUUGUUUCAACUGUAGUACUUUGACAUCGUGUCAGAAUCCCAGCCUUCAACCAUGCAACAAUGAAGUUGCCAUUAUCAAUGGCUAUUGGUUAAGUACGAUUUAUGUGGGAGUCUCUUUUAUCAAUACCAGCGACUCCUUUGAGUGUCUUUAUCUCCCGUAUUCAGCUCAUAUUGAUAAUGAAAGCACCGUUCUUGAAUUUCGUGGAUGCGUCUUUCGUGAUAUCGACAUAUGCAGCUUGCCUCAGCAAUCGGAUCGAAAUGUUAUUGAUUGCCACGCCUGCAACUGGAACUACUGCAAUCGAAAUUCGGGUUCGUCUUUCAUAAAAAGUAAUUCAAUCAAACUCAUCACAUCUCUAACUCUGAUUCUCUACAAAUUAUUAAAAUGCACUUUAGAAGAAGUUUUUAAGUAA